AUGGACACUCUCACGCUGGAGGACUACGUGGAGCCUGUGACGCUUAAUUCGAUCCCUCAGGCUGAUUUCGACUCCCGGACCAUUCGUCUCUCGCUCCCUCAGCUCAGGAACCUCACAUACAUCAUGCGAUAUGCUCCCAACCAUUGCAAUAUGCUCCUCGCUACGCUGCCGACCGCGUCGCUCGGCGUACUCACCCUAUGUUACCCCGAAUACAUCCCCAGAUCGGAGGAGGCGCACCCGUUCGACCACGACCUCGCUCUGUUGCUCUCUCAUCCCUGCCUCACCAAAUUGGAAUCGCUCGCGGUGGAGAAUCUAAGGUUCCAGUACCUUACGCUCCUCUACAGAGCUCCGGUCCUGCGGUUCCAGAACAUCAAUGAGCUCGCGCUGACAAUCAUACUGGACUCCGACGAAACACAGCCAACGGCCAUCCUCGAAUUCCUUGUUUUAUUCCCCUAUGUCAAAUCAUUGUCGAUCACCCUUCGACUAGAACAGUCCCUUACUCUCGACCUGCUGCCCGACGCCCUUAAGCUGAUCGAGGGCAGGCCCGGCCUCGCACGAUAUGUGCUUGGCAUUCACCUCAGAUGUGAGAUUCACCAUCUGGACCCGCAUCCAUUCAGCGACAACGGGGAGGCGAUAUACGAGGUUCCGGCUGGCCCGACGCGUUGCACGGAGGCGCACAUGUUUUUCGAGCGGGCGUGGCACCUCGUAAACCAGUACUUCGGCGUGCCGGUUAACGCGAGCUUGGAAGAGUACUCCACCAGGGUGUCGAGCUACUGCGAUGCGGACGGGCAGACGCUAGUGUUAGCAGAGCACUCGGAUCUGCUGUGA